AGCGCGGCUCGCGCAGUCAAACAGUGCGCUCGAGACGGGCUCAUACCUGGAGAAUGUUGUCAAAAUCAGCUGGAAACAACAAUAAACGUGCUAUUGCUUAAAAAGCGCUGUGCCUACAAAAACCAGAACCUCCCCGGACGUCUGUGGUUCUUGAGGGACUCUAUAAGACAGAUUUGACUCACUGUCCCCGCUGCUUAUCAAGACACAAUCAUCAUCAAUGAGGACAUUAGGAAUGGCUGUGUUCAAGCAACAAAAAGUUGAGGAUUUCUAUGAUAUCGGAGAAGAACUUGGAAAUGGACAGUUCGCUAUCGUGAAGCGUUGUAUAGAGAAAAGCACAGGUGUGGAGUAUGCAGCAAAGUUAAUAAAGAAGCGUCAGAAUCGGGUGAGCCGGAGAGGUGUUAGGCGAGAGGAAAUUGAGAGGGAAGUGGACAUCCUACAGGAGCUCCGACAUCCUAACAUCAUCACACUGCAUGACAUUUUCGAGGACCGCACAGACAUGGUGCUCAUCCUGGAACUUGUAUCUGGAGGCGAACUCUUUGACUUCCUGGCACAGAAAGAGUCACUGAGUGAAGAGGAAGCCACUGAAUUCAUCAAACAGAUACUUAAUGGAGUUCAAUACCUGCACUCCAUGAAAAUCGCACAUUUUGACCUGAAGCCUGAGAAUAUCAUGCUGUUGGACAACAACGUUCAAUCGCCAAGGAUCAAGCUUAUCGACUUUGGUUUAGCACAUAGGAUCAAGGACGGAGUUGAGUUCAAAAACAUUUUUGGGACUCCAGAAUUCGUUGCUCCAGAGAUAGUCAACUAUGAGCAGCUGGGAUUAGAGGCAGACAUGUGGAGCAUCGGAGUCAUCACUUACAUCCUGUUAAGCGGGGCAUCGCCAUUCCUGGGCGACUCCAAGCAGGAAACUCUGGCAAACAUCUCAGCAGUGAACUAUGAAUUUGAUGAGGAAUUCUUCGGCAGCACCAGUGAACUGGCCAAAAGCUUCAUCAGACAGCUGUUGGUGAAAGACACAAGAAAGAGGCUUAAGGUACAAGAUGCACUCAACCACCCGUGGAUAAAGCCAAUAAACCCCAGACAAGCUAUGGUGAGGAGACAAUCUGUGGUCAACAUUGAGAACUUCAGGAGACAGUACGCUCGAAGAAGAUGGCAGCUUACUUUCAGAAUCGUGACCCUUUGCAACCACUUAACACGCAUGAUGAAGAAAGGUCAUUCCAAGCAACAGGAUAAACCCAAGAUGGGCUAUGUAGGAAGCACGGUGGCAAUGUUUGAGAGAGAAUGUGAGAGCGAUAAAGAGGAAGAAGUAAUGCUGAGAAGACCCAGAACCAGAAAAAGGAGCAGCACUUCCUGAAACUCCGCGUUGCUCUGCCUACUUAUCGCAAUAUGAGCAUCACAGGCGCAUGCUGGUUUCGUGGUGAACCAGUGUUAUGUGUGCCUUUUUCUAAUGCACACAUUUUGUUUUGUUUUUUGAAAGGCCAUUGAGGCAUCAGUAAUGCGUAUGUGGCUUCAUAAAGAUGCAAUUAUUAUGCAUGGGUCACCGCAUCUGUACACAUGAUGUAACAAGUGCAAUUAUGGCAAACAUAGAAAGAAAAAGAUAUUUACAUGUUUAAAGCCAUAUGUAAAUGUAUUAAAGUACGUAAUGGGAUGGGAAAGAGAUUACUGUAACUGCAAUGUUAAAAUAUGUAUCACAGUAUAAUUUCACACUUUGCCUUGAGCUUGUACAGUUUUCAGUCCUGACCAGUCGCUGAUGUCUUAAAGUGUGCCAUUACACAUAUUGGAACUUCUUAAAAUGUCAUUUGUCUUUGUAAAGCUGUGCUACUGAUACGUGACUAAUAUAGCCAGCAGCUUAAUUUUUAUUCUAUAUAUGAUAUUAUCCUUUUAUUAUUAUUAUUAUUAUUAUUGUGAUUAUAUAAGUUAGUUAUGCCGAUCGCUGUUUACACCUGGUCACUCAAACUCAUCUCCUGUGACCACUUGUAUUCAGAUUUCGAGGGCAGUGUCUCUGAUUUCAUGAUGAUAUCAAUCACUAUGUCAGUGUUUAAGUGCAUGAUAACAAACUGCAAAAAUUCACAAAUCACAAAAUGUUUUGCACCCGUUUACACCUGUAUUUAAUGCCGACCGCUUGUGAUCAGAUCACAGGAAAUGCAUCUUUAUAUCAGGUGUAAACGGGGUCUUAAAUACUGCAUCUGGGAAGUCAAAAUAGACUUGAUUUGUCAAUCCAGUUUAGAGAAACUCAAUGUAUUUUCUCUUAAGUGUCUUAAAAUGUAGGUCAAUGACAAUGAAUCGUAAUAUUUGCUCUUUAGACUGUAGUGGUGGUGAUGUUCAAACCUGUCUACGUACAUAAAAUGUUCUGUAUCAGAUGUUGUUCAUUUUGACAUAAAAAAUGUAUGCCGAGAUGAGGGCAGUAGUAAGGCAGAAGUUUAUGGAGAUAGGGCAGUAAUAAUGCUACCUCAUGUCACAUGUUGGAUACAUUUUAAUUGUUCCUUAAUCCUCUUUAUUAAAUGUUCUGCAUUAAAUUCAGCAUUAGACAGUUUAGUAAUAACGAUAUAGUGAAAUAGGUUUCUCUUUUUGUAUUCCACUCCCUCCGUUCAAUGGCAGGCGAGGGGAGAGUCAUUAUUUUUUCAAUUCCAUUUGGUUUUGCUAGUGGCGCUGAAGUUAUGUACAGUAACAGUACAGUUACUUGAUUACAGUAACUGAUAUGUCAAUUGUUUGUAUUUUAGUGCCUUUCACAUCAAUGUUAUCUAAAUUGCUUGAGUGUUUGUAAGAAAGCUGAUCAUAGGCUACACUAAAUGCCCUGUGCUCUACAGAUGUCACCAUCAGGAUAACACGUCAUAGAUGCUAUUGUUCCUAGGAAUGUAGAGUUAUAAAUCUCUGUAAUAUCCUGUGAGGGCUGGAAUUUGUCAGGACAAGUAGAGAAAUUAGGAAAUCAGUGUUCUUUAUUGAAAGACCCUCAAAUUAAUAGGUAUUAAACCUGUCUGGUUAUGCAGUGCAUACUUGAACGUUACAUACAGUACAUGCAAUCAAACAUAUGUUUUUGUCUUUUUUGUAUAAACAUGAUUGUUCAGUGCAUGUUUACGUCCACCUAUAUUGUUUACAUCACUUUCUAUAGAAUCAGUUUUCUCUCACGAAUGAAGGUGAAGAGUUGGUGUUAGGGGACUACACAGUAUUGUUUACAAGUAUAAAUAUGCCAGAUUGUCCUAUAAGUGGAAAAUAUUCAUAAUAUGUGCCUCAAGCACAAAACUAAUCCUCUAUCAUGUCGUGUUUAUUUUAUACUUUGGAAAGUUUUUAUACUUUCUAAAGAAACGAUUAAAAAAAAUCCCCUUGUGUACAAAUAGUAAAAUAAAUAAAUGAUUAAUAUAUUUAUUUAGCUGCUUGUUUGGUUGUUUAUGGUCCACUAAUAAGGUCAGGGAAUUGGCAUUUAAAAAGGUAUGCUUUAUUAUUCAGGUAAACUUGAUUUCUUUAGAUUAUUUAGAAGUGCAAUGACCCAAUAUAGUUUUGGAAACAUACACCACACUUUUUUAAUGUCAUUGCGAUUGAUUGUUUUUUUCAUAGGACACCUGUGUGAUCUUGAGUGAAACUGACUGCAAACUUUCACUGAUAUUUCACUGAAGAUAGUUCUGAGAAAGGAUCUAACAUUGUUUUCAGAUGUCAGGUUUCAUGUUUUGUAUUUAAUGCAAUGACAUUGAUAUACAGUAUUGUGUAUUUUAUAUUGAGUGGCUUAAAUACGUUUCAGGGCCAAUUGUACAUACAGUAGAAAGUCGUAACUGGGUUGCUCCUGCGUCAUUCACAAUAUGUCUGUGAAAAGAUCUGUGUCAGUCAGCUGAAUAAGAUUUUUGCAACCCUGCCCAGAUGGUGUCACAACAGCAGUGUUGUUUGGGCUUGAUUAAGCUGAAUACAAUUUCUAGGAACAUUUGACCUGUCUCUAGGUCUCUAACAGUCUCAUUAGAGAUGUAUGUAGUCUGCUGGCUCUGUGAAAGGUGAAAGAGGUGAACCAGAGGUGUCUAACCCUGUCUAAAUCAGGCUGCCAGUUGUUGCCCUCAGAAACCUCUUGACAUUUAGUCAAUAAAAACUGAACAAAUAAAGCUAUCUAUUUAAAAUAUUUUUAAGCAUCACUUUUACAAUUGCUCAUACUCAAACAUACUAAGUAUUAAAAUUCAGCCCAUGAUUCUUUACCCUCUGUUUGUGGGACAAUAAGCAACCAUCCAGAACACCAUUAGCAAAUACACUAAAACCACAUAGCAAAUGCGCUACAACUCCACACAGAACACCUUAGCAACUGUAUUGAAAAGCCAUGGCAGCCAUCCACAACAUCCUAGCAUUGUAGCAUUUCACGCCUUUGUUAAUUAACUGACUUGCCAAUGCUGCCCAUGGUAUUUUGCAUGGUAGUUUGUUCUUUUCCAGCCCAUUGCCCUACAUAUUUCAGUAAUCCUUGCUUAUCCCAUCCAAUUUGUCCUGGUAAUUAACCCUUCUAUUCAAGCACUUAUUUUCUUUUGUAACGAAGUUAGCCAUUCCAAAUAGCCCUUGUAAAAGUAUUCCAUGAAACCAAAGCAGGAGUUUUAAAGGUCAUGAUGUCACUAACACCAACAAUGACUCACAUUAUUGGGGUGGUUUCUCAUUUGUUUCUUUGAAUGCAAUGACUGUGUUCUUGAAAAAAUAAUAGCCUGUAAUUCAGAAAUGUAGUUGCCACAGUAUCAAUAAAACUUAC